UUUGUAGAUAUUGCUGUACGCUUUAAUUUAAUAUUUGUUGACGCCCCACGCAAAUUUUCGAACAAUGCUAAAUUAGUUGGCGGCAAACUUUUUGAAAAAUUUAUUAAACUAUUAGGAGAGCAUGAAAUUUUGGACGACAUUGAAUAUUAUACAGAAGAAGAACAAAACGUGGUUGUAUGCGAAAAUAUGCCGAGUACAAGUAAGAAUACACCCGAUGAAUUGGAAGAUUAUGAACCUCCAGAAAAAAUUUCUACGCAUAAAGUAGUGCCAUACGAUACAAAAUUAAAGGUCGUACUGACAGCACAAGAACAUCCACAGUGGUCUUUCAAAACAUUAAAGCAUCAUUUUAGAAAAUAUUUAAACCAUCCUUCUGAUGUUACGAAUUAUAAAAAAGCUGUUUUGUCAGGCAAUACUUUUAGAGACAAAUUAAAUACAAUAAAAACUAAUGUGUACGAUCGCUUCACAGAAGCAAGAAAUAAGAAUCAAUUAGUUACGCGACGUUUGCUUCAACAGUGGGCUAUUGCUGCAGCCGCACAAUAUAACAAGCCAAAAGAAGAACAAGACAGCGAAGAACAUACAAAUGUUUUUCAUUUCGUAGCAUCCAGCACGUGGUUGACCAACUUUUUACACGAUUAUAGGAUAUCGAAUCGUCGCGUUGUUCGAUAUGUUUCCAAAAAAGAAGCAAUUACACCAGAAGUUGUCAUAAAAUCAGCGGAACAAUUUCAAACAUUAAUUCAAGCAAUUUCGCCAGAUUACGAUCCCGAUUUUGUAAUUAAUACAGACCAAACAGGAUGUGAGUAUAGAGUUAAUGUUUCGCGAACUUACACGCACACUGGAGAAAAAUUAGUUCAAUUGUACAUAGGCGAUUUAAAUAAAGUUUCGCAUUCAUACACCGCCCAGUAUUCACUGACGAAAUCCGGGAAGUUAUUAAAUAAAGUAUUUGUGUGUUUGCAAGAAUUUUCUGAUAAUUUUGGAGUACGCGUACAAAAAGAUGUAGAUAAAUUAUUAGAAUUAUGUAAAAAUGUCGUUAUUACAUGUUCUAAAUCGGGCAAAUUAACAACAUCAUUAUACGCACAGUAUUUGGAAAAUGUUGUUAAGCCGUAUGUCGGGGAUAAUUUGUUUUUAUUUAUUGUUGAUUCCUGGGGAGGACAAAAAAACAUCCAAAUGUAUAACGAAAUAUUUCGCGACAAAAAUAAUAAACCAACAUGUAAUUUACAAAUUAUACCGCCAAAAUGUACUCCGAUAUGUCAGCCGUGCGACGUUUAUUUUUAUCGACAAGUGAAAGUUAUAAUUAAGAAAAUACAAAACUGUCCAGAUGUAAUUUCACAAUCAGGUGACGAAAGCAAACAAUUAAAUACUCGUGCUGAUGCGAUUCGUAUACAAUCUUUAACUCAUUAUCUGUUAUCAGCGCCGAAAUUUAAAUGUAUGCUUCAAUAUGCAUGGUAUGCAUCCAAAUUAGCUGACGAUAGAGAAAUAUUUUUAAAUGUGAAUCAAUUAUGCUUCUCUUCAAACAUUUAUAAUAAAACAUGUGUAUGUGGACAACAUAAUUCAUUUAUUAAAUGUUCGUGGUGCGAAAAAAUUUUAUGUUUCCAAUGUUUUUACAUCAAUUUUCAUCCACAACAUUGCGAAGCGAUGGAAACCUUUUAUCGUAUGUAAAUAAAUAUAUAAUUAUAAAAGAAAGUUUAUAUUGUACAAAAUAUUCUUGACAAAAUAACACAUGUACAUUGCAUGAGAAAUAUAAUCAGUUCAUGACUUUAAAACUGUUUUUUAUUUCGUAUUGCGU